CCUUAACAUCCUAUCCUGAUUCAAAUUCUUCCUGUGUCUCACUUCCUCCUGACAGUCAGUCUUGACACUGAACUGACCAUUUGGUUUUCCUAGGGUAAAAUUCCUUUGGUGAAAGAUUAAAGGUUUUGACGCUGCUGCUGUCAUUGCUUUCUAAAGAUACCGUGAUAUUAAAUCUAAUAGUCCUACAGAAACAUGGGUUAUAUUGCAAACUCUGUGUGUUAUCAGUGUUUCAUAUAUAAAAUUAUGGUAAGAGAUUAUUUUGUAUGUUUUUAAUUAGCAAUAUGUUUUGUAUUAUUUAUGCUCUUGGCUUGAAAUAUUUUGUCCUAGGAAAUGGACAAAACAGUUGUCUCCUCAAACACCAGUGUCCUGCCACAGGCUUGAAGGAGUUUGAAUACCUGUUUCAUUUUAAGAGGGUUUAUUAAAACUACUGUAAAGUAGGACUGUGACCAUGGAAAUCUUAACAGUGCAUUGCCUGUGUGGUUCUGUAUGAAGUUUACUUGUUGCAUUUGCUUUGUUUAACAUAAAAUGCGUGUCAUUAAAAUAAGGGAAACAUAACUAAAUGUACCGGCACAAUUUAACAACAAAUUGACUAAGAACUUGUUAUGUAAUAGCAAUCCUUUGGUGUUUCGCCUUCAAAUAAAUUUUGAUGUUACAUGUGUCAGCACGGAUUGAUCUGCAUAUGAACCAGUCCUUGACUUUUCUUCAAAAAAAUGACUUCUCCUUUACCUUUUUUAGCUUUUGGAUGGUUUUAUCGGUAUGAAGGAAAAUUUCCCACCAUCCGUAAGGUACAAAGUGUGAUAUGUAAAUGUGUUUGCUGUGUGUUUGAAUUUGAAUUCCCCAUUUUUCUUCUUCUCUGUUAUUACUAAGCAUUCUUUAUAGUCAAAUGCUUCUUCUUUUAACAUGUGCACAAAUUAAAAUGCAUUUGAAUUGCACAUGUCUAGGAGUUUGUCCUUUUGAGUACUUUGGACUUUUGAGUUCUACCAGUUGCAGAGGGAAUUCUAUGUCAAUACUUUGCAGGUGUUCACUACAGGUACGCAGUGCAUGUCUUUGUGUUCUCCAAAAGACCUCAAAAUCAUGCAUAUGAAAACUCCAAACAGUACAGGAAAAAAAAAUUGAGUGGGAAUGAAAUACUCAGUUCCCAGUUACACCUUUGCAAAUUUCCCCGUAGGAGAAGUGCUGAAGGCAAAAGGCUGUUAGGCAUGGGCAUCUCACAGAGUGAGCAAAAAAACUGCAGCAAUCUUUACAGUGAUAGAAAAGUUUUCUGUCUCUAGAGAUGCUGCUGAAGUAUUGCAAUUUCACUUUAUCAGAGUUUCAAAUUUGUUCUUGCUGUUGCUUUAUUCUCUUUAUUUCUUUCAAUGUGUCUUAACCAUGUUAUGGGGGUUUGCUGUGGUGCUGUGUGCUUUGGUGUGGGUUUUUUUGGUAAUUAACUGUGCUAGAAUUGAAACAAAGAUUUCUUGUGCCUAGUUCUGAGAACUCAAGGUUUCUGAGGAUCUUUUCUGGCAGAUGAAGUACUUGUGUCACCAUUCAGGACUACUACUUUAACCUUCUGUGUUGCCAGGAUAUGCCUGUUCUCCUUAAUAAAGAAUAGGAAAAGGUGGUACACUCCAAUGCCAUUUUUUAUUGCUAGCAACUGUAAAUCACCAUGGAUCUGUAACCUGUGUGAAAGCCAGUGCAGUCAGGAUUUCUGUCUGAAAAGUCUAGAUGCAUGUUAUGAAAACUCAGUCUCUUAGCACAAACAGGCGGUCUUUUGUAUUGUUGCUGCAAAUACAGCUUACAGAAUGUACAAAUUCCUUUUCAUAUAGUAAUGAAGAUCUUACACAAUUACUGUUGAACUCUGACACACAGUGUGCACUAGAAACUUCAGAAGAUGUAUUUUUAAUCUUUUGCUUUUAGAAAUAUUUUUAAAUCUGGCAGUGAUGAAUUUUCAUCCUACUCCAAAUUGCUAAUUAUUUUUUUGUUGUUUUGUUUUAAAACCAAAAUUUCACUCUGUACUAAAAAUAUCUAUAAUAGGAAGUAAACUGAAUCCAUGGGGAAAAUUGGUGGAAAGGAUGAAUCAUUCUGCUGUAUCUGAAUGCAGUGUAGACAGCUAAGAUUAUCUGAUAUAUGUUCAUCUUCUGGAAGACUUUGGCAUGUGUACUGCUUAGUGUGCCUUUGAGUUCAGUAAUUUUUCAAACAUUGGUACCUAGCAGGUUGAUCUGCCUGAUAUUACAUUUAGUAGAUGGUACUAAAUGUAUUUUCUGAUUUUUUAGUGAAUAAUAUCAACAGGAACAGAGGCUUCAAAAAGACUAUGCACCUUUUCCCUUUGGUUGCACCCUACAUCUAGAAUUUUGGAGUUGCUUUGUGCUAUAUUAGUUAACUCAUCUGGGUAGAUUUUAUCCAGUGCUUGUAGGAGCUACAUGGUCUUUGUGAUGCAGUAUUCUUCCUUGGAAACAAUUCAGUUUCUGAACUGAUCUAAGUCUUUCCUUUAUAAUUCUUUGUUUCAGUUUUAUUAAGGGAUGCAGCGCUGGUUUGAGGACAUGUGCAUGAACCUGUUUUAUGCAUAGACUAUCAACCUAUACAUGAGCGUCUGUCACCUGAAAACAAUUAGUCAUUUACAUAUAUAUAUACAUAUAUAUAUAUAUAUAUAUAUAUAUAUAUAUAAAUACCAAAACAGAGAUUGCAAAUCAAGACCCAACCAAAACUGUUUGAUUUAUUCAAAGUUUUGUGAUUGGCCUGUGUGCCCUAAAGUUUUAACUUGCAGAGGAGAAAAAAAGUCGAAUUGUCUGAUCUCAUCCAACUUAUGUUAAUGGGCAGAGGCCCUCCAAAAAAAGUUUAAUUUCCUGCAAGUUGCUAGGAAAAUGGACUGUAGAUUUUCUUUUAAAAGACCAUCCCCAUACUUGCAUCGACUGUAAUUAAAUUUUCAAGGCAGGCACUCAUGUACCAAGCGUGAAGUUUGUGGUGGUUUUAGUAAACGAUUUUUGUAAAAAAACUUCCCAGAAAGGGAAAGAACGAAAGAAAUCAAAAAGUGAUAGCUUUUGUGAACAGAAGAAGAAUAAAAAGGAAAUGGAGUUUGAGCAAAAACUUGCCAAAGAGAAAGAAGGAAUGUUGGAGAAAGAAAAACAACUGAAAAUAAAUCGUCUUGUGCAAGAGGUAUCUGAGACAGAAAGAGAGGACCUGGAAGAAUCGGAAAAGGUGCAGCACUGGGUGGAAAGACUUUGUCAAACACGGUUAGAACAGAUUUCCUCUGUGGAGAAUGAGUCUCCUGAGCUGGCAAGUGGACGUCCUUCUGCUUCGCCUUCUGCCACGUCAAUGCGGCGUUUUGCCGGUGGCCUGCAGCUUCACACCACAGAUCUCGAUGAUAUAAACUUAGAUGAAGUUGACAAGCCUAAACAACGCGCGCCACCACCUCCACCACCACCACCCACAGUUACUCCAGCACCACCACCUCAUCCACUUCCUCCCUCAAACGUCCCACUCUCCAGAGGUCCAGCCCUGUCCGUAACACCAGCUUCCCAGGUUGUAAGAAACACCUCCCACAUCGGCAAAGUAUCUUCUGUGUCAAGCAAUCCGCUGCAACUUGCUCCAAGUCCACCUACCCAACGUCAUCCAGGGGUACCAAUAGUCUCUAAACCAGUUAUGCUGCAUCCUGACCCAAACUUUAUGGUCAGGCCAACAAUCAAAUCAGAGGCCCUGGUAAGCCCUUUGAUAUUUUUCUUCUGAGUGCUCCAGUACUUUGGGGGGUUGUUUGUGACACAUCCUCAAAGAGUCAAUGCUUGUCUCAUUUCCUGGUAACUAAAAUUCACGUAUUUUCAAGUGAUCAGUAAUGGUAAGUACAAUAGAGUAUUUUUCUGUAUUUUUCCCAUUAUCUAAAAACCACUUUUAGUGACAAUUUCAUACAAGGGUGCAUAA